UCCCGCAUAAUCCCUUUUCCGUCUCCCCUGCGCCCGCUUGCCUGCGUUGUCUCUCCUCCGUUUCCGCCGCUAUAAAUAUCUCCCUCCGUUGCCGCAGCUUCGAUUCGAAUCUCGGCUCCCCGAUCGGGAGAUCGAGAAACCCUACUCGAAAUGGCGGUCGGAGAGGUCGACCCCCAGGCGUGGAAGGCGUGUGCCGGCGCCGCCGCCCGCUUCCCCGCUGUCGGAUCCCGCGUCUACUACUUCCCCCAGGGCCACGCCGAGCAAGCCUCGUCGCCUGUCGAUAUACCCGGCGUCGUGUCAGCCGGGCUCCUCUGCCGCGUGUCCGCAGUCCGCCUCCUCGCCGACGUCGACACCGACGAGGUCUUUGCCCGUAUCAGCCUCGACCACUGCUGCUUCCGCAGCCCUUUUAUCUCGUCCUCGACCGUGCCCGCUAUCUCUCUUGAAGAAGACGGCGGGUGCGGCGGCUUUGUGUCGUUUUCCAAGAUCCUGACAGCUAGCGAUGCCAACAAUGGGGGUGGGUUUUCCGUGCCGAAGUUCUGCGCCGAGUCCAUCCUCCCGCCGCUUAAUUACGAGAAGGUCCCAACGGUGCAAAUUAUCCACGUGCGUGAUCUUCACGGAGUGGCCUGGAGCUUCCGGCACAUUUACCGCGGUACGCCGCGCCGCCACCUCCUGACCACGGGAUGGUGUAAUUUUGUCAAAGAGAAGAAGCUUGUUGCGGGUGAUUCGAUAGUCUUCAUGAAAAAUUUAUCCGGCCAGCUUCUUGUCGGCAUCCGCCGCACCAGCCGGUCCUGCGGCCUCACCGAGUAUCCACGUUAUUAUCCGAAAGAAGCAUUGGGGAAGAUAGAGAAGCACUCUUGGAGCGAGGGAUUCUCCAGGGAUGUUAAGGGUAAGGUUCCGGCCUCGUCCGUGGUGGAGGCAUUCGGAUUGGCUGGGAAGGGCAUGCCUUUUGAGGUCCUGUACUAUCCUAUGGCUGGAUUUCCGGUCUUCGUGGUGGCGGAGGAGACUGUGGAUGCCGCGUCAAAGGUGCGUUGGACCGUAGGAGCGAGAGUAAGGAUCUCAGUGGAAACGGAGGGUUCAGCGAGAAUGUCUUGGUUUUAUGGCACUGUAUCCAAAGUGUCAAUGCAGCGAUCACCAUGGCGAAUGCUUCAGGUCUCUUGGGAUGAGCCAGAGGUUUUGCAAAAUGCCAGAACUGUUAACCCUUGGCAGCUUGAGUUGAUUUGUGAUAGGCCUCAGCUAGAUGCUCCCUUUCUCCCUCCAAAGAGAUUGAAGGGAAUAGAAAAUUCCGAAUCUCGUCGUGACAUACUCGUUGAAAUGACAAGUUUUCAGAUGAUAGGAUCGGAGAGUGGAAACAGAAAACUCUUUGAUUACAAUUUGUUUCCUGCUAGCAUGCAGGGAGCCAGGCAAGAUUCAGUCAAUGCACCUAGUGUAUGGGACUGUGUCAACCAUUCUAAGCAAGUGCUACACAAUGGUCUAGCACCACAAAAAAAUGGUCUGAUCAUAGCCUUAAGUACCGAGAUCAACACACAGUCAGGAGAUUCCUGUCCACCUAGCGACAAUAGCACCCAAACCUCAGACGGUAAAAGUGCUGAGCCAGCAAAUAACCAGGUCAAGGUUUCUACAAGAUCUCUCCGGCUAUUUGGUAAAGUUAUUCACAUGGAGCUGCCUCAUAAUGGAAUGCAUUCAUGAGGAUAACGUGAGUGAUUUCGAAGUGCUAUGUCGAAGGCCUUGUCUAUAAGGAUUAACCAUGAAUUCCUAACCACUAUGACUUGCUUCUCCUUGCUGCAGUUAUCUUAGCAUUGCCUUGAUAUUCCACAUGUUUGUUUUCAGUGAAUUUUGUUAGCAUCAAUUGUCUAUACCAUUAGUUUCUUAUGUUCUAUUUGUUGUAUACUUUUUGUCGUUUCAUGUUCCUUUUAGUAUCGCACCACAUAGUAGCAGGUUGGUCACUAACAGAUUUGUACGUCGUACUGGAACCUCAUCACAUUACUUAUGUUCAUUAGUUACUGUUGCUUCUCUGA